AUCUUAGGAUAUUUUCCGGCCUAGGUCGAAUAGCAGCGGGGCGGCUCUUCAAGCUCCACAGUUUGACUCUCAUAAAAGACGGCGAAGAUGAAUAAUACAGAAGAAUCUGAGUUAAUGGACGCAGAAAUUGAGGAAGAUGGUCCUCCGCCUGGAUGGGAAUCCAUCCCAAAAUCUGAAGAACAACAACCGAGUAAUAACGAUGUCGAUAAUGAUGUAGAUGAUGAAGAUCAAGGACCUCCACCCGGAUGGGAACUUAAUCAAUAUCAUCAAGAAGAAAAGAAAGAGGGAGAUGAUGAAGAAGAAGAAGAAGAUUCGUUAGACGACGGACCUCCACCCGGAUGGGAAACAAUGGCGAAAUCAGAAAGCAAUGAGAUGGAAGAAGACGAUGAAGAUCCACUGGAUGAUGGUCCUCCACCCGGUUGGGAACCCAUAUUACAUCAGUCGCCGUCAAUCUCCGCCGCGAUUACGCCACGAUCCCCCAUUUUAGAACCUGUAUUGAAACAGGAAGUAAAAAGUGAGGACGACGACGACGAUGAUGAUCCCGUUAGUGAUGGACCUCCACCGGGUUGGGAAUCUGUUGAUCCUCAUCGUGGAUUAUCGGUGGCAACUCCUUCACCUCCUGUAAGGAAACAAGAAGGUAAAGGAGAUGAUGAUAUUGCUCCUCCAUCAAAAUGGCAAUCUGAACGUAUCCCUUUUACUAAGAAACAUAUGGCGCCGCCUUUACCACAAUCAUUGUCUACUCCGGCAGCACCAUCUUCGGAUUCAGAAAUGGGUCAAAUGGUGUGUGGUUCUUGUCGCCAGUUGCUUUCACAUCCAUUAGGCGAAAGAUAUGUUCAAUGUUCAUGCUGUCUAACAGUUAACUUUGUUCUAGAAGAGCAUCAAGUUGGGCAGGUGCAGUGUAGGAGCUGUUCAGUGCUGCUUAUGUACCCGUAUGGAGCUUCAUCGGUUAGAUGUUCAUCUUGUCGUUGUGUGACAAACAUUGGGGCUCAUAAUAGACGCCCUCUUCUAUCUGUACAGCAGGGUCGAGGGGAACCGCCUAUUCCGAAUUCGGUUCAUUAGAUUGAUUGUUUUAUUGAUGAUUCAAAUUCGGUUCAUUAGAUUGAUUGUUUCAUUGAUGAUUCUAAGUGUUUGUAUACAACCUUUGUUGGUAGUCCUAUAAGGUAAUUAUGUAACUUCAAUGAAAUGCAAAACUCUAAGAG